AUGAAGCUGGGUAUGUGGUCAGUGGACACGGAGACCCUCCGUAGGGACGGGUUGGUCCUUUUCAGCAAGCUCAUCCGGACGAAAAACGUAGAGAAUUUACAGGAACAGACGCAACCAAGGCCGGAUGAUCGGAAAAUGAAACUGACGAAAUGCCUGACGACGUUGGACCUGACCUCCCUUGGUGUGGGAAGUUGCGUGGGGACGGGGAUGUACGUCGUGGCUGGAAUGGUGGCAAAAAAUGUGGCCGGACCAGGAGUCGUCAUUAGCUUUAUUAUAGCGGCGGUGGCCAGUAUAUUCUCAGGUGUAUGUUAUGCAGAAUUUGGUGUCAGAGUGCCUCACACGACAGGGUCAGCUUAUAUGUACUCCUACGUAACCGUGGGUGAAUUCGUAGCCUUUGUCAUAGGAUGGAAUAUGAUAUUAGAGUAUCUCAUAGGCACUAGCGCGUGCGCGUGCGCGCUCAGCGCCUGCUUCGAUGCCUUGGCGAACGGAGCGAUAUCCGGAGCCAUCCACGAGAGCGUCGGCAAAACGAUAGGAUGGGACCCCGACUUCCUGGCCUUCAUAAUAACUCUGCUGAUGAUGCUGCUGCUGGCGGCUGGCGUGAAAAAGUCUCUCAUUUUCAACAACGUAUUGAACGUCAUCAAUUUGGCUGUGUGGGUGUUCGUUAUGACUGCGGGCCUUUUCUACGUAAACACGGACAACUGGACCAAACACGAGGGAUUCUUACCCAAAGGCUGGCCGGGGGUUUUCACUGGUGCUGCGACGUGCUUCUAUGCCUUUAUUGGUUUCGAUAUCAUAGCCACGACCGGCGAAGAAGCAGCCACACCCAAAAAGUCUAUUCCCCUAGCCAUAGUGACGAGUUUAAUUAUUAUCCUCAUAGCGUACGUUACUAGUUCUAUGAUGUUAACAUUAAUUGUUCCGUAUAGCGACGUGGUUGCGGAUUCGGCGCUGGUGGAGAUGUUUGGGCAGGUGGGCGCUUAUAAUUGUAAAUACAUCGUGGCCGUUGGCGCGCUGGCGGGCCUGACGGUCAGCAUGUUCGGCUCGAUGUUCCCCAUGCCGAGGAUCAUCUACGCCAUGGCUCAAGAUGGACUAAUAUUUAGAGUAUUUUCGCAAGUAUGGCCAAGCACAGGAACCCCAGUACUGGCGACAUUUGUUAGCGGCUUAACAGCCGCGGUAGCUGUACUUUUCGUAGGCUUAGAACUUCUUGUACAAAUGAUGUCUAUAGGUACCUUGUUAGCUUAUACUCUGGUCUCAACCUGUGUCCUAAUCUUAAGAUAUCAGCCGUACUCGACCAAUCUGGUCGAGCUGCUGCCCCAAAGCCUACGGACUCCCCUUAGGGGAUCGCCGACUAAAGAAGAGCUUUCGAAGAAUCCGAACGGGCAAGCCUUCUACGGUAAUCAGCUGCACCCCGACCAGCUCAAGCAGGCGAUCGACGCCAACCUGGGCCCGCCGAUCCCGUCGCCGUCGCCGUCGCCGCUGCCUACCCAGACCACGCAGAGGGUCAUGGUACGGAGGGUAACGAGAAGUUCUCCUGACAGCGACGAUACCCUUGGAGGAGAUGAGCCGGAGGAGGACUUUUCUGGAAGAGAUGAUCAAUUUUUAGUUUCCGAUAGAACAGAAAAUAAAUUUUAUGGAACUCUUCAUGGUGGGGGUAGUGCAACCAGUACGGGAGGUGUAGUGGGAUCCACAGUUGGUCCCAGUUUAGGAUAUAUUGGGCGUAGAUUGCAAGCUGCCACGUAUCUAUGCCCGGCAAUUUUCCCCUGGGUAGACACUGGACCUGCAACGGAAGAGUCGGGAAUGUUCGUAAUGAAAAUGGUUGGGAAUUUAUAUAUCCUCAUCAUAAUCUUCGACCUAAUAAUCGUAUUCGGAAUGCAAAGUAUGAACACCACUCUUACGUGUUUCGUCCUCCUUCUUCUGUUCGGCAUCGUGGCGGUUUGUCUCGUCAUAUCGAGGAAACCUCAAAACAGAAACUCGCUUAUGUUUAUGACACCAGGGCUGCCCUUUAUUCCUGUUGUUGCCAUAACCGUCAACAUCUACCUUAUCCUCAAACUUUCGCCGUACACUUUUGUUAGAUUUACCAUUUGGAUGACUCUGGGAUUUAUAAUGUACUUUUACUACGGCAUCAAGCACAGUACGCUAGAGGAGGGCUCAGACGGCGACCAAAAUAUCGAAUUGACAGUAACGGACCACGAAAAGCCGAAAUUUAACAGCGCAUCGUCCUAUACCGAUCAAAGUAUUUUCAGUCAAAACCAGCCGACGUACGACUGGGAGCCUAACAAGACUUGGGAUCACUGUCCAUCAUGGGCCCAGCCACAAGCGCAAAACAACAUCAGCCAACCCGCAGCGCAGCAGUAUCAGGUCGAGCAGCGCUACAAUGUGGAAACGAACAACACGAAAUCCGUGAUCAACAAAUCAAAUCCAACCACGCAGACAACAAGUAGCACUUCGGGACUUUUCGUGAGCGAUCCCAUGGCUUUCGCCAAGUGGGACGAUUAG